AUGGACAAUCCAAUGAUUUCACCAGUUGAAGCCAGUGGUCAAGAUGAGUGUGUUGAUUAUAAGCCUUGGACUGGCAUGAAGUUCAUGUCGAAGAUUGAGGCAUAUGAUUCUUACAAUCGAUAUGGAGGAAUAGUUGGGUUUAGUGUUAGAAGAGAUUAUGUACAUUGGUUAAAUAUUGGUGAUAAGAGAAUCAUAAAACAAAGGAGAUUUGUAUGUUGUAAAAAAGGACAUCGGAAAAAGGACAAGAGAGAUGUUAACACGACCAAGCCUCGUGCAGAAACCAGAACCGAUUGUCCUGUAAGAAUGGGAAUUUCUAUACUGAAGAAUGGAGGGUAUGAAUGUAAGGAUUUUUGUGAUGAUCAUAGCCAUGAACUUCAUACACCAGAUUCUACUCAUUUUAUUCGGUCUCAGCGUAAGAUAUCAAAGGUAGAUGCCUAUGAAAUACAUAUGGCUGAUGAUACUGGCAUCAGGCCCAUGGCCACUUUUGAUUUAAUGGGUAUGCAAGCAGGGGGAAGAGAAAACUUCGGUUACACCAAGGAAGAUCUUAGGAAUUAUCUUCGAACUAAACGUUAG